ACUGCGCUGCUAUGUAGUUGCGUAAACGCACGGCACUCGAAUGCGUUCAGACGUCAAAUUUAUCGCCUAGUCCAACCUAGUCGUUCCACCCUUGGUUGACAGUUCGCUUCGGGACUCGCGCGAGAAGUUGCGUCCACCCUUUUCUAACCUAUAAUCGCCGUUCUCUACGUGAGUCCUUGAUUAUGCAAAAAGAUCAACUUGUGCUCUCAGAGUGCGAGAAAAUAAACGAUUUACUUUAUAGACCCAUCGGAGAUACCCAGCGCAUUAAGUAUACAUGCCUAAGUGUUUCGCAGAACUACAUUGUCUUAGGUGCAACCAGUGGCAGUCUUUAUUUAUUCUCACGAGAGCUAUGUACGUUUCAGCAACUGAUACCUCUUCCGCAAGGAGCUAUUUCCCGUGUACUGAUAUCACCUGAUGAGAAAAAAAUAGCAUUGGCAACGAUUCAUGGGAACAUUUGCCUCGUUAUCUUGAAACCAACGGCAUCAAAGCUGGUCGCGGUAUCCACGGAGCAUGCGGGUGUCCGGGUGACUUGCCUCUGCUGGAACGACAAUAGUUUGGAAUUAUACAUCGGGGACGAGACGGGCAAAAUAUCCAUUAUGGUAUUUUCUAUAUUUACGGUAAAUGGAAUGUUUCAAGCACCCGCUUGUUCUUUAAUGAACUUGGACUCAAGUAUUGUUCAAAUGAACUUUACUGCUCCGCUACUAUUAACUUCAACGUUAACUCGUUGCUAUGUGUGCGACACCGUACAGGAACAGUACAGGCAAAUAGGCAACAAAGCAAGGGAUGGAGAAUUUGGAGCCUGUUUCUACAAAACUCGAUAUGAAAAUGAGAAGAUUAUAUACCCAGCGCAAGCGGAAGAAAAAAAAACCUUUAGUCGAAUGGGCUCCUUCAGUUUAAUAUCAGAGGGUGAAAGCAACUCGCUAGCAGUGUCUCAUGCUAAAAUAUAUUGCGCGAGGCCAGGUUCUAGACUCUGGGAAGUGACAGCUAAUGGAAUCGUUACGAGAACUCAUCAAUUCAAAGAAGCUCUGGCCACCCCACCUGUGAACGUCUACAGGCCAUACAAUUCGAAAAUUAUUCAAAGUAAACAAGCAGAGUGGCCACCGCAGUCGAUAAAUUUUUCACAGCUUAUUGUAAUUGACAAAAAGUACCUAUUCUCUUAUACGUCAAAUGGUUUGUACAUAAUUGACCCGAUAAAUGCAUCCAUUGUUUUAUGGAACGAUGAAUUAUCAAACAUCACAAUGGCUCAUGUAAUAGAAAACAAAAUUUACUUAAUGACUAAUUCAAGCACGUUCCAUUGCUUAACGUUGUCAUCUGUCGAUAGCCUCAUACUCAAACUGUAUGACAGCAAGAAGUAUAGCGAAUGUUUACAAACAUAUAUUCAGUUAGGAUCGCGUUUGUUCAAGAUUAUUAAUACCAGAGGCACCGAUGAGAUUAACCAUAUAGACAGUGAAACGAAUCUAUUACAAAAGAAUGAAAUCUCUUCUAAACUGCUUCCACUAGUAUCACUGUUGAGGUCUAAUCUUAAUAAUCAGCCCGUUAAAUUGGAUACAGGGAUUGUAGUCGUUAAUUCGGGGAAUGCAAAAUCUAUUGUAGAAAAAGAUAAUAGGCUCUCGAUGGUGAAGGAUACGUCACCCUCCACGUCGGAAGAAAGAUUUUCUCCAAACGAAAAUUCUAACUCCAUCGAAGAACCGGAUAAUUUGUUAAUAAAUAAUCACAGUGAGAGUCAGAUCUCUAAUAGCAAUGGUCAGUUAGACGAAGAACCUAUCAUCAAUUCACGUUUUAAUUUGACGUCGAAGCACAAAUAUGUCAAGCAAAAUUCUGCCAGAGAGGAAACUUGCGAAGAGGAUGAUUCCAAAGAAGAUAUGGGAAAAUCGAGGAUCCUUAAAGACGCAGUGUGUAGUAUACAGUCCAACUUGGAGCCAAUUUAUGCAUCGGUAGCUAGUAUUAAACCCUCUGUGACAGAGAGAGAGGUAGAAGAAGUUCUCACAAGGAUAAUGGACAAAAUGGGUGAAGUGAAAGAAGUGUACGAGAGCUUGCCAGAUCUACAGGACUUCCUCUAUGAAUUGAUUCGUGCUGCGGAAUUACAUUUUAGUAAAGGUCUUCUUGAAAAUUUGUCCGUAGAUUUGCUGCAAACAACUCGUAGUAAGAAAAUACUGAACGAAGUAUCAAAGAUCUUUGUCAAUCUGAACUCUUCGGACUACAGAGAAUGCAGCUGCGGUUUUCCUUGUCCUAAGGAUAAACCAAGCGAGCCAAAGUUCUUGGAAAUUGGAAAGACCCUGUUAAAGAGAAUAGCUGAAGAAAGUAAAGAUAACUGUAUUGAAUUCUGCAACAAAGUACCUUUUAUGUGGCAGGAGUAUCUGCCUCAAUAUAUUUCCCAGAAGUGCAAUCCCGACGAAGUACUACGCGAGUGCAUUCAAACCGGUGACAGUAAUGUUCUCUCAGUUUUGUUGCCUUCUCUUGACGCUAAACAGUGGAAAUCCGUAGUGAAGUACUUGAAGGACAUCGAAAGAGGAAACUGUUUGUUGUGUGGCAGGUUUUAUGGACCGACGGUUAAAAGAAAGCCUUACGUUGAUUGGACCAGGGUGGCUCGUGACAUCUUGAAGAGGCAAGGAUCGAAUGCAUCGAUGACGUUUCUAAUGAAAGCUCAAUCUUUUGUGCCAAGCAUGACUUUAGACCGCAGUAUUUACCAGUCUCUCAUAUUCUCCAAGAUCUUGGAACACCAUGGAGUAAAGCAUAACGUUCAAUUUAACUGUGGCGGUGUAGGGGAAAGUCAGUCAAAAUCCUUAUGUGCUACCGAGGUUCGCGAACAACUAGAGGUAACUUUGAGGAAAGACAUCGAGAGACCCAUCGAUAAAAAUGUGUUCGAGGCUGGUGCCCAUCACUGGGGCAUCGAGUACAAGGCAAAGUCGCAGACUUGUCCCUGUUGCACCCUGGCUCUGCAGACUCCGGUUCUUCUCAAUGGGAACGGUAUAUCGAUAUUUCCCUGCGGUCACGCCUACCAUGUGAAUUGUUUAAUAGAAAAAAAAUUAACGAGAUGCAACCUCCACUCGUAGGCGAACUUUCCACCGACCAAAUAUAGUGGUUGCUUACGAUAUCGUUGCUCUUAAACUUAAAAGUGCACCGUUAUAAUUUUACUACGUGAAAAGAAGAGCGAAAACCGCAGUGACUCGUUCGUUAUAAUUCGUGAUACGCUUAAUUCCUUUUCGUUCGUUUCAAACUGUUUUCAGUCUUGGAAGACGGUUUAAUCGAGUUUAGCUGUGAUAGAUAAAAUGGUGCAUUAAGACGUCUUUUUUUUUUUAUUUCUGUUAAAUUAGGUGAAAU